AUAAGGAUGAUAUUGGCGAAGAUGAUGAUGAUUGUGAUGAUAAUGAUGAUAAGAAGGAGAUAAGAAGAGUGGUUAUUAGGAUACUGAUAAGCGCUAUGAUGAUUUUAAAGGUCGUAACGGACAGUGAGAACGGGUACGGGGACAAAAUAAAGCUGAUGAAAUUUAUAGCGUUGCUGUUUCUUUCAUUUGCGCACAAAGCGACUGCGCAGACCGGUCCGGCACAAUGCGCUUACAGUGAUGACGUGUACACAUGUAACUACCACUUGAUGACGCCAUCACAGAUACCGAUCGACUUCGCCUCAUUCUCCGUACCGCCGCAGCAGAUUAAACUAAAUGUGAACGGAUUUCUUCCCCAAUCGGGUAGUGCGAGCGUCUUUAGCUCUGGUUUCGAGACUAUUGACGUCAGUCAAUUUGACGUAAACACUCCGGCGACGUUGACGUUAAACUGUGACCAGUACGGUUCUGUAUACAUCGACCGUGAAGCCUUUAAAUAUAUGGCUUACAUUGACAGUUUUACGGUACGGAACUGUGAGAUAUUCUACAUCGGAAUCGACACGGUGAAUGCUUUCGAGACGUUGGACUCGCUGGUCAUCGAGGGAGGCAAGAUCGACCAGAUGGAAAUGGACGCCUUCAAAAACCUCAGCUUGGAACGGCAAACCGUUCAUAAGUUUCCGAGAAGCCAAGGUCGGCUGGUAAUCAGAAAUGCACGCUUCAUCAGUGGUUCGCUGCCUUUCGGUCUGUUUAUCCAGCUUAAGAACCUCAACUCGAUCGCCUUAGUGGCUGCGAACAUAGAAAGUCUAGCUUCUGACACCUUCCGUUACAAUUCAAAACUGACCAGUAUUGACGUCAGCGACAAUCCUGUGACGUCACUACCCUCAGGCGUAUUUCAGGGUCUGAAAAUGCUUAGCGAGGUUUCUGUGCACGGUAUAGAGUGGACCUGCACGUGCGACAAGAUCACGUGGUUAGAUGACGUCAUCAAUAGCAACGUGACGCUGCACGGUAGCCUAAUGUGCAGUGAUAAACAGGGAACGUCGAUGUUGAAAUACUACUAUACAGAAUGCCAGUCAAAGUCGUGCGAAGGAACUGCGUGCCCGUCGCUCCUGGCCUUCGUGGUUCUGGCUGUCGCAUGCGUGGCGAUGAUCAUAUCGUCGACGUCUCUGGUGCUGUCGAUCUAUAUUCUGCGACGCCUACCGGAAAUGAGAAAUGAGAUGGAAGAAAGGGAACAGGAGGUGAUUGAUCAACCGGACGCCUCCCUUGCUCCCAACGCAGGCACCGGACAAGCGCCAGCCUUACCUUUGAAGAAAGGCCAAGUAACGAGAGCGUUUGAAAGACGCAAUCAGGCUCCAGUGGCCCCUGUGGUUUCACCUGUGACAAAAAUGGUUCAGGAAAAGAAGGGCAUUGCUCCAAACCGAACCACAAAGGGAUCCAUCGGAACAGGGUCCGUUAAGCCAACAUAAGCAAAGCUAAGCAUGGCGCCUGGCAACCAACUUGUUGUGGUUAAAUGACGUGACUUUGAUUGAAAUAAAAUGCCUACUGUCAAUAUUUAUGGCAUUUGGAUGCUUGCUACAGGGUGACAAUUUUUAAAUACUAUAAGUGUUAUAAAUUUAUAAAUGUCUGUGUUUUGCUGACUGUAAUGAAAAUUGGUUAUUUCCAUUAAGUCCAUGGAUUCAAUAACAAUUAUCAACUUUCAAUAUGUUUAUAGAAACAAGAUCAUUACAUAAGUCUAAUAUAGAUUCUGUCUUUGAUUAUGUGUUUUUU